CAUACCCCGAGCUUGACUGUCGUUUUCUGGUCGCGAGUCUGCACGUGUUCGGUGGUACACUGAGGGUUUUGGACAAUUCUACCACAGUUCUGUGCCUCACCGGGCUGUUCUGUUUCCUUUGACAUGUACAACUUGUUGUUUGAGGUUCUGAACGCGUGUCCUGAUGAUUAGAAGAGGAGAAACGUGAUUAUUCGUGCCAUCUGUCCGGGGAGCUAGCGUUAGCUAAGCCGCAGAACAACAUGUUCAGACGUGUUCCCGUACACACUGAGAGAGUAAAGAAACGACGACACAAACAUUAUUAGAAAACUGGACAGUUAUUUUAAUUAGAUUAGUUUGACAGUUUAAAUGGAUUACCAGUUCCCACAGCAGCUUUUUCCUUCGUUUUACAACUGCGCACCUCCGGACUCGGUCCUGAAACACUGCGCUGGAAACUGGGGCUGCUACGACCGAGUCAGACCUCAGGGCACCUCUGGUCCUCUCUCCAGCUGGACAUUCACAUCCAGGCAUCAGGUCAGAGGGGAGACGUGGCGUCACACUGAGCCAAUACCAAUUCCCCUCCUGUCUCCUAAAAAGUCUUUCCUUUGGCCUACUACGCCCCCAGAUCCGCUGGACUUCACAAAACAUAUGGAGAACUUCUUCAUGGACCACUACCUGGACGCCUUCGGGUGCAUGAGUGAAAUUCUGAGCGAAAAUUUCAACUUUAAACAAGGACAGAGAGAGAGAUAUCGCAGGGAUUCAGUCCACAUGUGGAAGGUGAAAAACUUCCUUGACAUGCUGAAGUAUAAAAUAUGCGCGCAGUCCUAUUCCUCCAGAUCGCUGGACACGUACAGCGCCCUGCUGUCGGACGUGGUGCCUUCCAUCCCUCCUGAGCUGCUGGGUUCCCUGCUGUACGAGGAGCUGACGGAGCAGAGAGACCGCAUGCUGUUCUCUGAAGGAGCCACCGGGGGCGCUCUGGCUUUUGUCCCCUAUUCACAGAGCGGCAGUGACUGUCAGCGUGGCUGUCUCCUCUACCCUGGAAACCAGGGACUGGACUGCCUCAACUUCCAUAGAGUGGAGCUGCAGCACCACAAAGGAAGUUCUUCCUGUGUGGCCGUCAGCAGCAGUGACCCGUUCAGCUUCCAGCUGAAAGGCCCUGUAAGACAGAUCAGCUCCGCCUCCCUGUUAAACGACUGUUGUGUUGCAGUGAGGUCGGAUCACCUGUGUGGAGUUUGGAGGUUCAGCGAACGAAAUGAACCUCGUCUGCUGCAAGUUGUCAACACCAGAGAGGUCGCAACCUGCAUCAACGUCAGUCCUCAUGUUUUAGGUGAAGUUCUAGUGGCAAGUGAAAGUGGAGCAGCAAACCUGUGGACUGUUGGCAGAGGGAUGCAGAAGAUUCGGGAAGAAGACAGCAACCUGUACUUCAACGCUAAGUCGUCAUGGCGAUGGUGCGAGUUCUCCGCCCACCCAAGGGUGAUGUUGUACGCAGACAGGACGGGGGUGGAGCUCACAGACAUUAGGGUGAGUCCUGUCUCGAAUCACACUCUGUUUCGCAUCAGCAACACCCCGGAGUGUCGCAGUGGGGAGAGACUUAUUCUGUCCAGAUAUCUGGGAGAUGUCCAUCCCUUCCAGCACCUCAUCACGACUCAGUUCUCAGCCUACAUCAUGGACGAGCGUUUCCCCUGCAUGCCCAUGCUCAAGUGGGAUCACAUGAUGCAGUCCCCACCCAUGUUUUGUCAUGCUGUUUGUGGGGCUAAGACCACUAAGGUCCUGCUGGGGUCCCACAGCUCUCAGGAAAUCACACUGCUGCAGUACUCGGGAGGCAGAGCGGAGGCCUGUUCCACUCACGGUCCUCCUCGGGCACUGCUCAGACCCAGAGACAGUCUGAAACACCUUCCUGUCCAGAUCCCUCACCGCAUGGACAUCGCUACCAGCAGAUUGUCCUCACCUGCUGCAGGUGUGUGUGUGUGUGUGUGUGUGUGUGUGUGUGUGUGUGUGUGUGUGUGUGAGUGUGAGUGUGUGUGAGUGUGAGUGACGACA